GGGCUCGGGACGGGGCGGCUCGCUUGGGUCGGCGCACAGGGCACCAUGCAGCAGCCGGGACCCGGGAGUAUCAAAUGCGAGCCGGGCUGGUACCUGUCUGCCCGCGAGCAGGAAGAGGAGCAGGAGUCCACCCCGUUGCUGCCUCCAGCGCCGCUGGGCAAUAGAGCUCUGAAUCAUGCAUCUUCAGGUGUUUCCUUUGGUUUCUCAGUAUUUAAUUUAAUGAAUGCAAUCAUGGGAAGUGGAAUACUUGGUUUAUCUUAUGCCAUGGCCAACACAGGGAUCAUUGGAUUUACCAUCUUGCUGCUGAUUGUUGCCAGCCUUGCUUCUUACUCUGUAUUUCUGCUGCUUAGUAUGUGCAUUCAGACUGCUGUCACUUCUUAUGAAGAUCUUGGUCUCUUUGCAUUUGGAUCACCUGGGAAGGUUAUCGUGGGAAGUACGAUAAUUAUUCAGAAUAUUGGAGCUAUGUCGUCUUAUCUUUUAAUUGUUAAAUCUGAACUGCCUGGUGCAAUUGCAGAAUUCAUAAGUGGAAAUGACAGCGGGUCAUGGUAUCUUGAUGGCAGAGUGCUGUUACUGAUUACUUCAGUCUGCAUUGUUUUUCCUCUUGCACUUCUUCCGAAAAUUGGCUUUCUUGGCUAUACAAGUAGUUUAUCAUUUUUCUUUAUGGUGUACUUUGCUCUUGUGGUUGUAAUAAAAAAAUGGUCCAUCCCUUGUCCACUGACAUUAAACAGCCCUAUAGAGAUCUUACAGAUUUCAAAUUCUACUGAGGAUUGUAAAGCAAAGCUCUUUCAUUUUUCUAAGGAGAGCGCUUAUGCCAUCCCAACCAUGGCCUUCUCGUUUCUCUGCCAUACCUCAGUAUUGCCCAUUUACUGUGAGCUCCAAAGUCCAUCGAAAAGCAGAAUGCAGAAUGUAACCAAAACAGGAAUUGGUCUGAGUUUCCUACUCUAUUUUGUGUCUGCCUUGUUUGGGUACCUUACUUUUUAUGACAAAGUGGACUCAGAAUUACUGCAAGGUUAUAGCAGGUACCUGCCGCAUGAUAUUGUCAUCAUGACUGUAAAACUAGGCAUGUUAUUUGCUGUGAUUUUGACAGUGCCUCUCAUCCAUUUCCCUGCAAGGAAGGCUGUAAUGAUGAUCUUUUUAUCUCAUCUUCCUACUUCAUGGAUUUGCCAUAUCCUUGUCACUUUAGCACUCAAUGCAAUCAUUGUUUUGCUUGCAUUGUAUGUGCCCGACAUUAGAAAUGUAUUUGGAUUAGUUGGUUCUACCACAUCUACAUGUUUGCUCUUUGUGUAUCCUGGACUGUUUUAUCUUAAACUUAGCAGGGAGGACUUUAUAUCACGACAGAAGCUUGGGGCUUGUGCGUUGUUUAUUUUUGGCAUACUUGUUGGUCUCUUAAGUUUAGCCUUAAUCAUUUUCAAUUGGAUUAAUCAAUAAAAUCCCUUCCAUUGCUUCUUGAGCUGGACUUGAGAAAGACAAUGCGAGCAAAGACUUCCAGCAACAUAUUGCAAAUUCUCAACUGAAUGCUGGACAUCUUCAAGAAGAAACCCUUCAGGAUCUAUGUAUGAAACAAGUAACAAUUUGUUUUACUCUCAUGUCUGUUUCUUUGACUGGUUUACUUCUUGCACAAUUAAACUCUUCCA